AUGAAGCAUUCUCUCGGGUUACUGUACCUGUUUGUAUUGGCAUUGGCAGAAGAUUGUGUGGACCGACCGUGUGUUGAAUGUAGGCAUUUUAUAAAACAAGAUGAUCCAUGUCUUCAUCAUGGUACCAAGCCUAUGCUCUUUUGCGAUCCACAAACUAAUUUAAUGCAAGAAUCCUCGACCAACUUUUUGGAAUGUGUCCAGAAUCGAUGGGUCCUUCGUGAAUGCGUAACAGGAACUGUCUAUGAAUCCGGACGUGGUUGUGUGGAUCCGACACUUCAGCCUUUUAUGCAAGGAUUUUCGGUUUCUGGUAGUGGAAGAGUUGGAGAUGUUUGUCAAUAUAAUACUGAUUGCUUGAGCGGAAUGUAUUGUGCAACCGGAUUAUGUACCUGUCUUAGCACCUACAUUUUGAGAGAGAGCUACUGCUAUGAGAAAGUCAACCCAAAUCAACCAGGAUGCACCUACGAUGUGCAAUGUGAAGCCGUCUGGCCUGGCUCAAAAUGUCGAAUGGACAGCUCAAUCGGAACAUGUCGUUGUCCAGAAGAAACCCACGUGGCCCGUGAAACCCGCGAUGGUUGGGUCUGUAUCUCCUUACGGGACCACUCAUCCGGAGGAACCGCUCCGUUGUAUUUCGUUUGCCCUCUUCCUGAAGGUGCCGGUUUCAAAAUCUCUUUGAACGAUCCAAGUCCUGCUAUGGGAGCUUUCCCUGUAGGAUGUACUGUUGGCUCGUCUGCAACAAUUGAGCCAGUUCAAGGACUUCAUGGAGGUGGUGCAUGUAUGUGGCCAUCGGAUGGAGAGUAUAUUGGAGACGUUUAUGAUUGUAUUCAUACGAGUCCACAUGUGAGUUUUCAUCGGAAAGAAGUGUUUUUCGGUUAUCCUAUAUCUCUUGAAACUAUGUGUGCACAUAAAAGGAUUAACUUGGCCGAAAAGUUCCCCCAAUCCAACUACGCCCCCACUGCCGAUGGUGUCUGUUGCCCCAGCCGCGCUCUCGCCUGUAUCCAACCUCAACUCACCGGCCCAAACCCAUCAGAGCCUCGUUGGUGGUACAAUUCAGUCACGGGAACAUGUCAGCAGUUCAUGUGGGAUUCAGGAGCCUCUGAAGCGAAAUAUCACUCUCCAAACAACUUCAAAACUAUUCAACAUUGCGAGUCGUAUUGUAGAGAUAGUGAGUUGCUCCGAUUCGUUUGGAGAUGGAAACUGAAAAUUGAUACUCUUUCAGCUUGCCAACGUGGAUCCCCACAAUACUCCACCGAAUCUACAGUUCAUUCAGAGCGUCCUAUUACUUCCUGUGCUGCUUCAGUUUCCUGCGCUAAUGAUUUCCAAUGCACAGCCAUCGGAAGUCAACAUCUAUGUUGUCCAACUCCUGGAUCUGUGUGCUCAGCUAAAGGAGGACGUCCAUUUGAUAUCCAACCAAGAAACUCAGUUUAUCAUUCUGGAUUUAUGGUGUACACUGGAAAAGAAUCCAUCAGAUUCUACUAUGAUCCUGGUACCGGAAGAUGUCAAGAUUUUGUAUACAAGGGAGCCGGUGGAAAUUACAAUAACUUUUUGUCAAAGCACGAGUGUGAAAUGUAUUGUGCAAGAUUACAAUGCGAAAGAGGAUCCCCAUUGAGAAUCGGAGAAGAAGCUCAACGCUGUCAGAACAACGCCCAAUGCCCGUCCUCUCACGAAUGCAAAGCCGAUCAAGGAGUUUGUUGUCCUAGAAAACGUAAAAUUGUGAAAAUUUGGAUUAUGUUUAUAAGUUUUAAAUUUAGAAACAAUCUGCGCUCAGCCACUCAGAAUCGGAGAUUGUACAGAAAAUGUGAAGAGAUAUUGGUCAAAAUGAUUGAGAAACAUGAGAUUUCAGGUUGCCAAGGAAACGAUAACAAUUUCGACUCGAUCUUGGAUUGCCAGAACUUCUGUAAAAAUGCUAUUCCCGAACCAAAAUGCAUCCAAGGUCAAGCCUACAAAGACAUGUUCGGAAACUUUGUAACCUGCUCAAACGGUAUGGGCUGCCCUGCCAACUACGAAUGCUAUUUCGACGGAUCCCAGUGGGGAUGCUGCCCAACAAAAGCCUUUACUUGCUCCCUCAACACGGAUCCAGGAAUCCAAUGUGGAGCUGGAAGCACUUUCAAAUAUUACUACAAUCCUCAAACUCAAAACUGCGAGUCCUUCCAGUACAACGGAUGCGAUGGAAAUUCUAAUAACUUUGCUAAUCGAGAUGCCUGUGAAUCUUACUGUAGUGUGGGAGGAUGUCCAAACGGAGGAACUCCAUUGAGAGAUCACUCCGGAAUGGUUAUGGUGUGUGGAGCGCAACAAACAUCCUGUCCAGAUUCUCAUGAAUGUGUCCCAGUUCUAGUUGGAAAUUCAAUGAUCAACAGAUGCUGCCCAACACGUGCCUACAUGUGUGGUCUUCCACCCCAACAAGGAACUCAAUGCGGAGCCAACUUCGUGCAAAGAUAUUACUUCAACAUUGUCACUAGCCAAUGCACAUCAUUCCAAUUCGGAGGAUGCGAUGGAAAUGCCAAUAACUUUUUGAACGUUCAACAGUGCCGAAACUUCUGUAUGAGUAACUCCUGUCCAGCUGGAAAUGUGGCUUAUGUGGACCCGAACUCUCAGAUGCCAAUCAAUUGUAACGAGGCGCUAAGCAAUAGUUGUCCAUCUGGAUAUUCAUGUACUUUUAAUCCUCUUAUCAACAAUCAUGUGUGCUGUGGGGCUACGGAUUCUGGAGUGUGUCCUGAAGCAGAGAAGGCGUUUAUCGAUACGAUUGACAUGUCACCAAGAGAAUGUUUGAUCAAUAUUGAGCAGUCUUGUCCAGCGAAUUACUUAUGUCGAUUCAAUAUGCAGAAGAACAAAUACUACUGCUGUUCAAGUAUUACUGGAAAGACCUGCCCACUUGGAAAAUUCCUCUACAAAGAUCAACGCACUGCUCAACCCAUCAGAUGUACCAUCGGCCGCAAUGACCAAUGUCCAGAUGGUUAUGCUUGCCAAAGCUACCUUGCCAACGCCUUCCAAGGAUUCUGUUGCACUGCCAACUCCGUCUGCCCAGACAACGCUGAUUACCUGAUCGAUGACCAAUCUCAACAACCAAGAGCCUGCACCCAAGGAACAUUUGUUUCGUGUCCCAACGGCUAUGCCUGUAGAUCCCUGACCUCCUCUUCCGACGGAUUCUGCUGUAAAUCAGGAACUGGAACUCUCCCACCAUCGGUCACUGAUGGAUGUCCACCCAACCAAUACGUUUAUUUGGUGCACGGAGAAAUCGCUCAAUGUGAUCCAUUCAAUCCUCCAAAUGCUCCCUGUCCAUCUGAAUUCACAUGUCAAUGGUCCCUGUCUAAUCAACGUUAUCAAUGCUGUGGAUCCAACCCUGCUCCAAUCCCAGUAAGACCUUCCGAUGGAUGUCCGAAUGCUCAAAUCGCCUUCCGUGAUGCUGACACUGUAAGAGUUUGUAGUGCAGGUGCUGCCAAUUGCCCAGCUGGUUAUUUCUGCCAAUUCUCUAGUUCCAAUAAUCAAUUCCAAUGUUGUGGAGUCAGUGGAGGAUGUCCAGAUGAAUCAGUUGCAUUUGUUGGAAUGUCCGGAGAACCAGAGAAGUGUGUAGUUGGUCAGUCGAAUUGUCCACGAGGAUUCGCUUGUCAGAAGUCUACAGCAGGACAUCAUGUGUGCUGUACAGUCCGGAAAGUGGCUUGUGAGCCGAAUGAAGUGAUCAUCGAAGGAGAGUGCCACGCCCAAGUGGGACCAGGAAGUGAGUGUCUCGCAAAUGAGCAAUGUACUGGAGGAUCCCUUUGUGAAGAUGCCAAAUGCGAGUGUCGACCUCCAUUGAAAGCAGUCGGAGGAUUCUGUCAAGAGGAAAUUCAAUGCUCCCACAAUCAAGUCCUUCACAAUGGGCUGUGUCACAACAAGGCGAAACUCGGAGAGGCCUGUCUCACAGUCCGUCAGUGUCAGGACAACGCUGGAUGCAUUGAAGGAUCAUGUGAAUGUAAAAAAGGGUUCAUUGAGAAGGCUGGAAAGUGUAUGACUCCGAUUGAGAAGAAAAUGGUUGGAGUGACUUCGUCGAAGUUAGCCGGAGGAAUCACCUGUUCCAAGCCUGGCUGGAAUCCACUGAUUGACGAAGAGCACGAAAGACCUAAACAUUGUUCUCCUAUCGGAAAAGGAUGUCCAACUGGUUAUGAGUGUCAGAUCAAUAACAGACGAACUCAGUACUUGUGCUGCGCUCCGGAUAUGUCAGUAUCGUCUACAGUACCAUCCCUUCCCCCACCAUCUACAACAACUGAGAGAAUUCUGACUACCAAGAAGGCAAACUCUAAAGUUUGUCCCACUGGUCGUACACCAUACCUGCUCAACGGUGCUCCACAGAAAUGCACAAUUUCUCGAUGCCCUGCUGGCUACGAAUGCACCUACCGUAAUAAUGGAUAUCACUGUUGCUCUAUUGCCAAUAAAGCAGGUCUUACUGUAGCUGGAACCACUUCUGGAGCCGUUGUAUCUAAAUCAACUCCUUCCCCAGACCAAGAAAAGUGUCCUCGAGGAAACCCUCUAAUCUAUCCAUCUACAAGUUCUCCUGUCCUCUGUCAACCCGGAAAACGUGGAUGUCCAGUUGGUUUUGGUUGUGUGCAGAGUUCGACAUCGAACAAUCAUAUUUGCUGUCCGUCAAGACACUCGGAUCGUCCCGGAUUUAGCAGCGAAUCGUUUGGAUUGGGAACUUAUUACAGUAGGGGUCCACCAGCGGCAAUUAAUCCAUGUGAAGGAUAUAUGGUUCUGGUGACGAGGGUGGUGAAUGGAAGGAUUGAAAAGCGAUGUGAACGAAGUUGUCCAUUCCCACAAAUUCCAAUUGGAGGUGUCUGUUAUGAGUUGAAGAAUAAGACGACGUAA